AUGAAGAGAAUUUCUCUGCGAAAUGGCAAUGCUAUUCCCUUUAUCUCUUUCUUCCCUAAUUCACAUUCUGCUUCUGCAAUUUCAGGAAAGGGUAAAGUUGGAUUAAACAGCAAAGUUGAAGAUGCCGAGGAAGUAAUGAAACACAUGGUCGAAAAGGGUGUAGAGCCUAAUAUAAUCACCUACAAUGCGAUAAUGGAUGGGUAUUAUUUGUGUGGUCAAGUGGAUAGUGCGAGGAGAAUUUUUGAUACCGUGAUAGAUAAGGGCAUUGAGCCUGACAUUUUUAGCCAUAACAUACUAAUAAACGGAUACUGUAAGAAAAAGAAAGUGGAUGAGGCCAUGCAAUUGUUUUGUGAAAUUUCUCAAAAGGGAUCAAAACCUGAUAUUGUUACCUACAAUACUAUCCUGAAAGGUCUUGAAGUUGGAAGAACUGGUGAAGCAAAACAAAUUUACGUUGAGAUGCUAUCUGCUGGGACCAAGCCGAAUAUAUACACUCAUACCAUUUUGCUCAAUGGUUAUUUUAAGUGCAGACUUGUUGAAGAAGCUAUGUCACUCUUUAAUAUGUUAGAAAGAAGUAGAGAAUAUACUGUUAUUGCAUUUUAUAGUGUUGUCAUUAACGGAUUGUGCAAAAAUGGUAAACUCAACGAAGCGCGUGCUGUUUUCAAGAAGCUUUCUUUUAUUGGAUUGCUCCCAGAUGUGAGAACAUACACCGUAAUGAUAAAUGGAUUUUGUCUUGAAGGGUUUUUUGAUGAUGCUAAAGAUAUUCUAAGAAAAAUGAAAGACAGUGGUUGUGCUCCAAACAAUGUCACUUAUAAUGUUAUUUUGCAAGGAUUUCUCAGGUGCAACAAAAUUAGUGAAAUGACAUCUUUUAUGAAGGAAAUGGCUGGAAGGGGUUUCUCAUCUGAUGCAACUACAGCUGAGUUUUUGGCAAAAAUUGUAAGGGAGAAUCCUUCUGUCCUUGACAUGAUAUCAGAGCUUCACUUGAAAAAUAAGAAUUGA